AUGAAGCCACGUCCGCAACCUCCCGAAUCGUCAUUUCCCUCCCUCGCAGUCGAACUCGUCGAGCUCAUCACGGGCCAUUUAGAAGCUGAUGGCUUACUAGAAUUGCGUCUGACCUGUCGUGAUCUGCAGAAGAAGACAUUCCACCAGUUCGCGCGCCGCUUCUUUUCAUCCAUCAAGACAGAUCUUUCCGAAGAAAGCCUCGGUCGCAUCGAUUCCCUUUCUCGUCAUGAAGAACUACGACCAUAUGUCCAUGGCCUGGCCUUUAUGCUUCAAAAUGGCGUUGGUCGCGGGUUAGCCUGGGACAGACAUCCUUGGGGUCCCUUGUCAGCGCCUUUAGAGAUCGAGGCGAUCGCACGAUUACGCGAUAAUCUAGUCGAUAAGUUCACGAAUUGUCGGUCGUUUUUCAUCUUCUGUCGAUAUCCAGAGGGGCAUCCCGAUAUGAAUAGGGUCACCAUCUCGGAUGCGGUCGCGGUGUUCUUUGCGUUGGUUGUUGACGCGCAAUUACCGGUGAAAUCCUUCCAUUUGAUCUAUGCAAAUAAAUACUCUCGCACAUUGGUCAUGGAUAUGCGCCGCAUGCCGAAGCUGAUAUACCGACAGCCAGAGUUUAAAAUGGUUUGGUCGAAUUUGCGGAAAUUAUCUCUGGAGCAGUACCUGACCCUUGACAAUGUCGGGUUUCUACUUGAACUUGUGCUGAGUGCGCCUAACCUCCAGACACUACUAUUGAACCUCGGCUCCCAUGAUCUGGCUAGUGAGUUCAUGCAUGAGCUAGCGGAGACUGCUUCGUUCCCGCAUUUGCAGGAACUGGCGUUGUUCAGAACUGCGGUGCAGGUCCCAGAUCUGAAGAAACUACUUCACGGUCUGCGUGGGAAUCUAACUGCGCUGACGCUUUAUCAUGUGUCCUUGACGCCGGAUGAAGAUUGGUUGUCUGUGCUGAAAGAGCUGGGUCAGAGCUUUGGCUCUUUGCAAAGCAUCUCGCUGUAUUAUUUGUGGGCUACUGCUCCGACGAAGGAGUUGCUUUCGUUUCCGGAUAUUCAUAAAGCACCGGAGCUUUGUGGUAAACCGAAGCAGCGACUGAACAUGCUUUAUUCGGAAAAUCCUCAGAGUCCUACAGUUCUCGGGAUUGAAUACUCGGGUUCGAAUAUGCCUGAUGUCUUGAGGUUGUUGCAGGCCACUACAUGA